CCUUCAACAACCACGCGACUUCGCGUCACCACCGGCGAUGACCGCAAUAUCCGACGUAACCAAUUUUCACAGCGGCAUUUUCUGAUUAAUUCUCGCGGUUUCUACAAACUUUUCGUUCAGACAACUUCACAGAAAUAAUUAGUUUGAUGGCAACUAUGAACUUUGUCGCGUUCUCUUUAACACUUUUGGUGGCAGCGGUGGUGAGCGGCGGCCCAGCUUGGAAGGAAACAACGAUACAGCGCGGUGGUGGUCUUAAAAUCGGUACAACACACGUCAAUGGUAGAAAUGUGAGCGCACCUCGCGGAACUGGAAUUAAAGUCGGAUCCGGUGUCAGUGGUAGAACGUUUAGGAGUACCACGACCGCAACCACGCCUUUGUUCGAGGAAUUCUUUUCGAUGUCGUCAUCCUUGUUACCAACGGCUAUCGAUGAAAUACGACCAUUAUAUGUUGGUAUGGUUGUACCACAUACUUCUUUUGGACGAAGGGAGUAUAUUAAAGCGUUCCAAAAUACCAAACGAGAGUUGCAGAAAAAAUUAUUGAAGAUGUUUAAUAAAUAUGAUUUGAAGAUGCAUAUUGCUAUGAAGGAAUUAGUUUCUAAUCCUACAGACAUCCUGAACUCGCUGUGCCAAAAUUUCGUCUCGUACAACGUGUCCGCGAUUCUUUACUUAAUGAACUACGAACAAUACGGUAGAAGCACAGCUUCGGCACAGUACUUCCUUCAGCUGGCUGGUUAUCUCGGAAUACCCGUCAUAGCGUGGAACGCCGAUAACUCCGGGUUGGAAAGACGAGCAUCGCAAACGUCGGUUCAACUUCAGCUAGCUCCCUCAUUAGAACACCAAACGGCGGCAAUGCUCAGCAUCCUUGAAAGAUACAAGUGGCAUCAGUUCUCCGUUGUAACCAGUUUGAUUGCGGGACAUGAUGAUUUUAUCCAGGCCGUUAGAGAGCGAGUUUCUGCAAUGCAGGAUCGGUUCAAGUUCACAAUACUGAACGCAGUACUCUUUUCGGAAGGAAGUGACAUCAAAGCUUUAGUAGACGCCGAUUCCAGGGUUAUGUUGUUGUAUUGCACACGAAAAGAAGCGAUCACGAUACUUUCGGCCGCUAAAGAUUAUGGCAUCAUCGGAGAAAACUAUGUUUGGGUGGUGACGCAAAGCGUCAUUGAGAAUCCACAACAACCACCGAAUCAAUUUCCGAUUGGAAUGUUGGGUGUUCAUUUUGAUACAUCAAGUACAAGUUUAGUAAACGAAAUAACGACCGCCAUAAAAGUUUUUGCACACGGCGUGGAAAACUUUUUAGCCGAUCCGGAAAAUGAAGGUCGAUCAUUGAACACCCAGUUAUCUUGCGAUGGAGCCGGCGCCGUCCGAUGGGAUACCGGAGAUCGUUUUUAUCGAUACUUAAGAAACGUCACGGUCGAACAAGAUGCUGGGAAACCCAACGUUGAAUUUACCCAAGACGGUGUUCUUAAAGCGACCGAAUUGAAAAUUAUGAACUUGAGACCCGCGGGACCAGGACUCGGAAAACAACAAAUUUGGGAAGAGAUUGGAGCUUGGAAAUCGUGGCAAGUGGAGGGUUUGGACAUCAAAGAUAUCGUAUGGCCCGGAGAUAGCCAUACCCCACCUCAAGGCGUUCCCGAGAAAUUCCAUUUAAAAAUAACUUUCCUCGAAGAACCUCCGUACAUUAAUCUCGCACCCCUCGAUCCCGUUACAGAAAAAUGUUCAAUGGAUAGGGGUGUGAUAUGUCGAAUACCCACAGAGGCUGAAUUUAGUGAUGUUGAAGCAACUCAAUCCCAUCGAAAUGGAACCGUAAAGCAAUGCUGUUCAGGUUUUUGUAUUGAUCUCCUUGAAAAGUUUUCCGAAGAGCUUGGCUUUACGUACGAAUUGGUGAGGGUUGAAGACGGCCGUUGGGGCACAAACGAGAACGGAAGAUGGAAUGGUCUAAUAGCAGAUCUCGUCAACAAAAAAACCGACAUGGUUAUGACGUCGCUGAUGAUCAACUCGGAGAGAGAAGCAGCGGUCGAUUUCAGCGUACCUUUUAUGGAAACUGGUAUAGCCAUAGUGGUUGCAAAAAGAACCGGAAUCAUAUCGCCAACGGCUUUCCUCGAACCUUUUGAUACUGCCUCGUGGAUGCUCGUCGGAGCCAUUGCAAUCCAAGCAGCUACUUUUACGAUAUUUUUAUUCGAAUGGUUAUCUCCGAGUGGAUUCGAUAUGAAACUUUCGCUGAAUCAGCCCGCACCGUCCGCUUCCCAUCGAUUUUCUCUUUUUAGAACGUAUUGGUUGGUUUGGGCGGUUCUUUUCCAAGCAGCUGUACACGUGGAUUCUCCCAGAGGAUUCACUUCUCGUUUCAUGACGAACGUAUGGGCAAUGUUCGCGGUCGUCUUUUUGGCCAUAUACACUGCCAACCUAGCCGCUUUCAUGAUAACAAGAGAGGAGUUUUAUGAGUUUUCAGGAGUUAAUGAUUCUCGUUUAUCUCGACCAUUCUCCCAUAAACCAAUGUUCAAAUACGGCACGAUCCCAUGGUCGCAUACAGAUUCAACAAUUUCCAAGUAUUUCAAGGAGAUGCACAAGUACAUGCGAAACUUUAACAAGACGACAGUUUUGGAGGGUGUCGAUGCUGUCUUGACGGGCGACUUGGAUGCCUUCAUCUACGAUGGUACCGUCCUGGAUUAUCUAACGUCACAAGACGAAGAUUGCCGCUUGUUAACUGUCGGAUCGUGGUACGCAAUGACCGGGUAUGGACUCGCCUUCCCAAGAAACUUCAAAUAUCUAAAGCUAUUCAACAAGAAGAUGCUCGAAUUUCGUGGAAACGGUGACUUGGAGAGGCUCAGACGUUAUUGGAUGACGGGGACGUGUAAACCAGGAAAAGAACAAGCAAAAAGCUCGGAUCCUUUGGCACUUGAACAAUUUUUAUCAGCUUUCUUAUUACUUAUGGCAGGGAUUUUAUUGGCGGCACUCUUGUUGCUUCUCGAGCACAUCUACUUCAAGUACUUAAGAAAACACCUCGCGAAGACCGAUAGAGGUGGAUGUUGCGCGUUAGUCAGCCUCUCGAUGGGGAAGAGUCUUACGUUUCGGGGUGCCGUUUACGAGGCGCAAGAUAUCUUAAGAAACCACAGGUGCAGAGAUCCGAUAUGCGACACACACCUGUGGAAGGUGAAGCGGGAAUUGGACAUUAGCCAGAUGAGGUGCAAGCAACUUGAGAAGGAAUUGGAAGCGCACGGAUUAAAGCCACCGCCUGCUUGCAAACGGCGUCAUCGACGAUCCAACUGUUGCAAGUCCUGUCUUGGAUCGUCCCAUUCACCCGACGUAAUUGUGUCCGGCGAACAGACUAGGGCUAGACUGAGGGGUCUCAAUCCGAAUUAUAUAGGAAGUAACACGGAUUUAAACAAACCUCGAACGGAAAUAGCUGAAAUGGAAACUGUACUGUGAUGGAACAAGAGAACCCCAACAAAGAACAAAAACACCAAAACGCCAACAGCACAUUUGCCGUCACACCACCACAGAAUAAUAAACGCCUCUUCAUUUCCGAUCCGCGAGAAACUCUUAUGAGCUGCACAAGAAUGAUAGAUAAAUUAAAAAAAAAGAAAUGAACGAAUGAUAAAGAGAAAAGAAAAAAAGAAUUUACACGUCUCCUC